AUGGGUUUUGUUGACUUUUUCGAAACCUACAUGAUCGGUCCUAGAAUUCAAGUUAAGCAAUUGGACAUUUCUGACUGGUUGAGCCUUACCCCCAAAUUGCUUAUCCUUUUCGGAUAUUUUUACAUCCAUUCUAUUUUUACUGCAAUUAGUCAGUUCCUGCAAUUUGUCAACAGGAAUGCGUUUUGUCUUAGAUUGCACUUACUGUAUGAUAGGCUUUGGUCACAUGUCCCCAUAAUAGGUGAAUAUAAGAUUCGACUUCUUUCGAGAGUACUAAAUUAUUCUGAAGUGAAUGUGGUACCUAAUUUAGAUAAGGCAUUAGAAGUAAUUGAAAUUUGGUUUCAAUUACAUUUAGUUGAAAUGACAUUCGAGAAAAAAAAAAACGUCCAAAUUUUCAUUAGUAGUGGAAGCGACGAUCUGAAUUUUUUCAAAGAUAAUCAAUUUCAGACCACGCUAAUGAUGUGUAACCAUCGGUCAGUUAAUGACUACACCUUGAUUAAUUAUUUAUUCUUCAAAAGUUGUCCUACUAAAUAUUAUAAUAAAUUGGAGUUUAUACAAAAAUUAUGGAAGGGGGAAGAUUUGCCGGAAUGGCCCCAGCUAAAAUUCCUUGGUUGGGGUAAAAUGUUUAAUUUUCCCCAACUGGAUUUAUUAAAGAAUAUAUUUUUUAAGGAUGAGACUCUCACCUUGUCGCCUGAUAAGCUAAGGAAUAUUCUAGAAACACAAAACAAUCAAGCUAUAGCAAUUUUCCCCGAAGUCAAUAUCAUGAGUUUGGAGCUAUCAAUGAUCCAAAGGAAAAUACAUCAAGAUUUUCCUUUCGUCACCAAUUUCUACAAUCUAUUAUACCCAAGAUUUAAAAAUUUUACCGGUCUGAUGGCUGCUUUUUCAUCAAUCAAAAACAUCAAAAGGAAGAAAAACCACAAUAAUAUUAUCAAGGAGGCUAGAUACUUAUUGCAUAGAGAAAUUGAUAAAAUGGUCCAUAAAAGUAUAACAAUGGAGCCUUCCAAGAUGUCCAACAAGAUAAUACCACCUAUGAUCAUAGAUAAUUCGUACUUAUUUGAGAAAAAGAAAGAGGCGAACAAUGCAAAGCCCAAGCCAGUACGAAUCAAUCCAUACAUUUAUGAUUUCACUAUAGUUUAUUACAGAGUCAAAUACACUGAUAGUGGGCAUGAUCAUAUCGAUGGAGAUUUAAGAAUUCACAAAGGUUACCAAUUAGAGCAAAUAUCUCCGACAAUUUUCGAGAUGCUACAGCCGGAGAUUGAGUCCGAAGACAACGUGAAGGAAAAAGACCCUAUUGUGGCAAUGGUGCAUAUAAAAAAGUAUCAGAUCCAACCAUUGCUCACAUACAAUGACGAAAGUUUGGAAAGAUGGCUUGAGAAUAGAUGGAUAGAAAAAGAUAGGCUGAUUGAUUCCUUGGAGAAAAAAAUUAAAAUUGAGGCCAAAUAA